GCCGGAGCCGGAGCCCGUCCCGCUCCCUCCCUCUCUCCUUCCCGCUCCCUCCCUCCCUCCCUCCCUCCCUCCUCCCUCCCUGCUGCGGACAAAGGCGGCGGCCCGGUGGGGAAUGGCGGUGGGCGGCGGGUGAUCCGCGGAGCCGAGCCGGGGGGGGGGGGGAGCCCCUGCGGCGGGGCUGGGCCUGGCCCGGCCAUGGGGUUCCUGCACCAGCUCCAUCUCCUGCUCUGGAAGAACGUGACGCUGAAGCGGCGCAGCCCGUGGGUACUGGCCUUUGAGAUCUUCAUCCCCCUGGUGCUCUUCUUCAUCCUCCUGGGGCUGCGGCAGAAGAAGCCGACAAUCCCCGUAAAGGAAGUCUCUUUCUACACGGCGGCACCACUCACCUCGGCUGGGAUCCUGCCUGUCAUGCAGUCCCUGUGCCCCGAUGGCCAGCGUGAUGAAUUCGGCUUCCUGCAGUACUCCAACUCCACGGUGACACAGCUCCUGGAGCACCUCAGCGAAGCGGUGGAGCAGAGCAGCCUCUUCGACCCACAGCACCCAGGGCUGGAAGAGGAGCUGGAGUCGCUGCGCCGGCGCUUGGAGGCACUCAGCAGCAGCGAGCCCAGCUCCAUGGAGACCCACUUCACCAGUGGAGCAGGAUCUGGCUUCACACUGGCAUGGGCAGCCAAGGACCGAGGUGAGCUGCACCGCUUCCUGAUGCAGAAUCUGUCCCUCCCCAACAGCACAGCUGAGCUGCUCCUGGGCUCCAGCAUUGACCUGCAGGAGGUAUACCGCUUGAUUUUUGGUUCCUUUCCUUUGGUACCUGAUGAGACCCAUGAGCGAGACCUGUGGGAUGGGUUUGGCCCUGGUGAGAAGAUGACACAGCUGGAGAAGAGCCUCCCCAGUGGCUGGAGAAGCCUGCGGGAAGGGCUGGUCCACAGGGUACUGCAGGACCCUGCGGCAGCCCCACACCACCCGGCACUGCUCCACCUGCUCUCCCAGGCCCUGGGCCUUGCCAGCACCGCCCCGGCACACGCCUCCUCUGACAGCCCCCAGGCCUUCCUCACCGAGAUGGAGGGUGUCCUCUUCACCGGGCCGGUGCUGGAGCAGCUGACGUGCGAGCAGAGCCUGGGGAGGCUGCUCCACCUCCUGCGUGUGGCCCCCAGGCAGCAGCCGCUGCUGCAGGCGUACCGGGCGCUGGCCUGCAAUGGCAGCCGGGCCACCCGCCGGCAGCGCUUUGCCCAGCUGGCUGCCGAGCUCCGGGACCAGCUGGACACCCCCAAGAUCGUCAGCAGGCUGAAGCUGGAUGAGGUGAACAGCACAGCCACCCAGCACCGCCUCCACACCCUCCUGGAGGACCUGGUGGAGAUGGAGAAGGUUCUCCGUGACGUGGACAUCCUCUCAGCGCUGGCCAAGCUGCUGCCAAGGGGAGCCUGUGCCAGCAAGGCCCCACCACCCACUGCCAACAGCACUGGCUGGGCUGGCACCAAUGCCACGGCCAGCAACACCACGGCAGAGGAGGAGGGUGCCGGGCGGGGAUCGGCUGGUGGCGACAACCCCCAGGGACAGUUCUCAGCAUUUGUGCAGCUCUGGGCUGGGCUGCAGCCUAUCCUCUGUGGCAACAACCGGACAAUUGAGCCCGAGGCACUGAAGCAGGGCAACAUGAGCUCACUGGGCUUCACCAGCAAGGAGCAGCGAAACCUGGGCCUCCUCGUACAUCUGAUGACCAGCAACCCCAAAAUCCUGUAUGCGCCUGUGGGCACCGAAGUGGACAAGGUCAUCCUGAAGGCUAAUGAGACCUUUGCCUUUGUGGGCAACGUCACCCACUACGCCAAGGCGUGGCUGAACAUCUCCCCCGAGAUCCGUGCCUACCUGGAGGAGGGCAGGCUGCAGAGGCGCAUCCACUGGCUCCAGCAGUUCACUGCCGACCUCCACAAGCACCCAGAGAUCCUGAAUGUCUCCGACAGUGAUGUUCUCCACAACUUUCUCAGUGGCAACUUCUCCCUGCCCAACGCCAGCGUCCUGCUCCAGCAGCUGGACACCAUUGACAAUGCUGCCUGUGGCUGGGUCCACUUCAUGGCUAAGGUCAGCGUGGACAUCUUCAAAGGCUUCCCGGAUGAGGAGAGCAUUGUCAACUACACGCUGAACCAGGCCUACCAGGACAACGUCACAGUCUUUGCCAGUGUCAUCUUCCAGACCAACAGGGACGGCUCACUGCCCCCGCACGUCAUGUACAAGAUCCGGCAGAACUCCAGCUUCACGGAGAAGACCAAUGAGAUCCGCCGGGCGUACUGGCGGCCUGGCCCCAACACCGGCGGCCGCUUCUACUUCCUCUAUGGCUUCGUCUGGAUCCAGGACAUGAUGGAGCGUGCCCUCAUCAACACGUUUGUUGGCCAUGAUGUGGUGGAGCCCGGCAACUAUGUGCAGAUGUUCCCGUACCCGUGUUACACUCGGGACGACUUCCUCUUUGUCAUCGAGCACAUGAUGCCCCUGUGCAUGGUGAUCUCCUGGGUCUACUCGGUGGCCAUGAUGAUCCAGCACAUUGUGACGGAGAAGGAACAUCGCUUGAAAGAGGUGAUGAAGAUGAUGGGCUUGAACAAUGCGGUGCAUUGGGUGGCUUGGUUCAUCACCGGCUUCGUCCAGCUCUCCAUCUCGGUCACAGCACUCACUGCCAUCCUGAAGUACGGCAAGGUCCUGAUGCACAGCGAUGUCCUCAUCAUCUGGCUCUUUCUUGCCAUCUAUGCAGUGGCCACCAUCAUGUUCUGCUUCCUGGUGUCAGUGCUCUACUCCAAGGCCAAGCUGGCCUCCGCCUGCGGUGGCAUCAUCUAUUUCCUCAGCUACGUGCCCUACAUGUACGUAGCGAUACGGGAGGAGGUGGCGCAUGACAAGAUCACAGCCUUUGAAAAGUGCAUCGCGUCCCUCAUGUCCACCACGGCCUUUGGGCUUGGCUCCAAGUACUUUGCGCUGUACGAAGUAGCUGGUGUGGGCAUCCAGUGGCACACCUUCAGCCAGUCGCCUGUAGAAGGAGAUGACUUCAACCUCCUGCUGUCCAUGAUGAUGCUGAUCGUGGAUGCUGUGGUGUAUGGAGUGCUCACGUGGUACAUUGAAGCUGUGCACCCAGGCAUGUUUGGCUUGCCGCGGCCCUGGUACUUCCCCUUUCAGAAGUCCUACUGGCUGGGCAAUGGGCGAGUGGAGACCUGGGAGUGGACCUGGCCCUGGUCCCGCACCACCCGCCUCAGCAUCAUGGAGGAGGAUCAGGCCUGUGCCAUGGAGAGCCGGAGACUGGCUCCUCACCAUCCCACUCUCACGGCAGAGGAGACACGGGGCAUCGAGGAGGAGCCGACCCACCUCCCCUUGGUUGUCUGCAUUGACAAGCUCACCAAGGUCUACAAGACAGACAAGAAGCUGGCGCUGAACAAGCUAAGCCUCAAUCUUUAUGAGAACCAGGUGGUGUCCUUCCUGGGGCACAACGGCGCGGGGAAAACCACCACCAUGUCCAUCCUCACCGGCUUGUUCCCUCCAACCUCGGGCUCUGCUACCAUCUACGGCCACGAUAUCCGGACGGAGAUGGAUGAGAUCCGGAAGAACCUGGGCAUGUGUCCCCAGCACAACGUGCUCUUCGACAGGCUGACGGUGGAGGAGCACCUUUGGUUCUACUCGCAGCUCAAGAGCAUGGCGGAGGAGGAGAUCCGCAAGGAGAUGGACAAGAUGAUUGAGGACCUGGAGCUCUCCAACAAACGCCACUCCCUGGUGCAGACCCUCUCGGGGGGCAUGAAGAGGAAGCUGUCGGUGGCCAUUGCCUUCGUGGGUGGGUCGCGGGCUGUGAUCUUGGAUGAGCCCACAGCUGGCGUGGACCCAUAUGCACGCAGAGCCAUCUGGGACCUCAUCCUCAAGUACAAGCCAGGGAGGACCAUCCUGCUCUCCACACACCACAUGGAUGAGGCCGACCUGCUGGGUGACCGCAUUGCCAUUAUCUCUCAUGGCAAACUCAAGUGCUGUGGCUCCCCGCUCUUCCUCAAGAGCACCUAUGGAGAUGGCUACAAGCUGACAGUGGUGAAGAAGCAGUCGGACAUCAGGAACGGCACAGAGACAGGCCAGCCGCACAGCCCCCCGGCCCACUCCUCUGUCAGCCCCUGCUCUGAGCCUCGUGUCUCCCAGUUCAUCAAGAAAUACGUGGCCUCCUGCCUCCUCAUCUCGGACACCAACACUGAGCUCUCCUACAUCCUGCCCAGCGAGGCCGUCAAGAAGGGCUGCUUCGAGAGGCUCUUCCAGCACUUGGAGCAGAGCCUGGAGGAGCUGGAUCUCACCAGUUUCGGGCUGAUGGACACCACACUGGAGGAGGUCUUCCUGAAGGUGUCUGAGGAGGACCAGUCUCUGGAGAACAGUGACGUGGACAUGAAGGAGUCCAAGAAGGACACCAUGCGACCACCUGCCCCUGAGCUGGGCCCAAAGCCUGAGGCCAAUGGGGAACCUCUGGCCGAAGCAGCGGUACCGGAGAAGCCCGAGGUGGAGCUCAGCAACCUGGUGACCUGCUCCAAGCUGGCGCAGUCGCAGGCAUCCCUGCACUCGGCCUCCUCAGUGGGCUCUGUGCGGGGUGACGAAGGUGGGGCUUAUUCCGAAUUCUUUGGGGAUUAUGCGCCCCUGUUUGAUAACCAGCAGGACCCCGAUAACAUCAGUCUGCAAGAGCAAGAUGCAGAGGUGGAGUCAGAGGACCGUGACCUGGCCGGGCAGGGGAGCUUCAAGCUGGAGGGCUCGUGGCUGAAGCUGCGCCAGUUCCAUGGGCUAAUUGUCAAACGCUUCCACUGCGCCAAGCGCAACACCAAGGCCCUCUUCUCACAGAUCCUCCUGCCAGCCUUCUUCGUCUGCGUGGCCAUGACAGUGGCGCUCUCGGUGCCCGAAAUAGGUGACCUGCCACCCCUCAUCCUCUCGCCAUCGCAGUACCACAACUACACCCAGCCCAAGGGCAACUUCAUUCCUUACGCCAACGAGGAGCGGCAUGAGUACCGCAUCAGGCUGUCUCCUGAUGCCAGCCCCCAGCAGCUGGUGAACACCUUCCACCUGCCCUCUGGCGUGGGGGCCACCUGUGUGCUCAAGACAGCUUUCAACAACACGCUGGACCAGCCCAUGCAGACCCUCAACCUCGACAGCAACGAGUCCAAGAUGCUGGCGGCCAAGUACUUCGACGCCAUGUGCAUUGACUCCUUCACCCAGGGCCUGCCGCUCUCCAACUUCGUGCCACCACCUCCAUCCCCGGCCCCCUCUGACUACCCUGUCUCAGUAGAUGAGGACCUGCUUCAAGCAUGGAACUCCACGACCUUCUCCUCUGCUGUCAAAGAGACCGUGACCUCGGCCCCUGCCCUGCCCCGCAUCAUCCACGAGCCCAUCAAGUGCACGUGCUCCAUGCAGGGGACCGGCUUCUCCUGCCCCAGUGGUGUAGGGGGUCACCCCCCACAGAUGAAGGUGGUGACGGGGGACAUCCUGGCAGACAUCACAGGGCGCAACGUCUCUGAGUAUCUGCUCUACACCUCAGACCGCUUCCGGCUGCACAGGUAUGGGGCACUCACCUUCGGCAACGUCCAGAAAUCCAUCCCGGCCUCCUUUGGGGCCAGGGCUCCUGCCACGGUGCGCAAGAUCGCUGUCCGGAGAACGGCGCAGGUCUUCUACAACAACAAGGGUUAUCACAGCAUGCCCACCUACCUCAACGCUCUCAACAAUGCCAUCCUGCGAGCCAACUUGCCCAAAAGCAAAGGCAACCCCGCUGCCUAUGGCAUCACAGUCACCAACCACCCCAUGAACAAGACGAGCGCCAGCCUGUCUCUGGAUUACCUCCUGCAAGGCACAGAUGUAGUGAUUGCCAUCUUCAUCAUUGUGGCCAUGUCCUUUGUGCCAGCCAGCUUUGUGGUGUUCCUGGUGGCUGAAAAGGCCACCAAGGCCAAACACUUGCAGUUCGUGAGCGGCUGUGAUCCUGUCAUCUACUGGUUGGCCAACUACGUGUGGGACAUGCUGAACUACCUGGUGCCGGCCACGUGCUGCAUCAUCAUCCUGUUUGUGUUUGACCUCCCAGCGUACACCUCUCCCACCAACUUCCCUGCCGUCCUCUCCCUCUUCCUGCUCUACGGCUGGUCCAUCACCCCCAUCAUGUACCCUGCCUCCUUCUGGUUUGAGGUGCCCAGCUCUGCCUACGUCUUCCUCAUUGUCAUCAACCUCUUCAUCGGCAUCACAGCCACCGUUGCCACGUUCCUGCUGCAGCUCUUUGAGCAUGAUAAGGAUUUGAAGGUGGUGAACAGCUACCUGAAGAGCUGCUUCCUGGUAUUCCCUAACUACAACCUGGGCCAUGGCUUGAUGGAGAUGGCCUACAACGAGUACAUCAACGAAUACUAUGCCAAGAUUGGGCAGUUCGAUAAGAUGAAAUCGCCCUUCGAAUGGGACAUCGUGACACGAGGGCUUGUUGCCAUGACAAUUGAAGGCUUUGUUGGCUUCUUCAUCACUAUCAUGUGCCAGUACAACUUCUUCCGGAAGCCCCAGCGGCUGCCUGUCUCCACCAAACCCAUCGAGGAUGACAUUGAUGUGGCCAAUGAGCGGCACCGUGUCCUGCGUGGUGAUGCUGACAACGACAUGCUGAAGAUCGAAAACCUCACCAAGGUUUACAAGUCCCGUAAGAUUGGGCGCAUCCUGGCCGUGGACCGGCUGUGCGUGGGCGUGCGCCCCGGGGAGUGCUUCGGGCUGCUGGGCGUCAACGGCGCGGGCAAGACAACCACCUUCAAAAUGCUGACGGGGGACGAGAGCACCACAGGCGGAGAGGCCUUUGUUAAUGGGCACAGCAUCCUGAAGGAGCUCCUGCAGGUCCAGCAGAGCUUGGGCUACUGCCCCCAGUUUGAUGCGCUCUUUGAUGAGCUGACAGCUCAGGAGCACCUGGAGCUCUACACCCGCCUGCGCGGCAUCCCCUGGAAGGACGAGGAGCGGGUGGUCAAGUGGGCACUGAAGAAGCUGGAGCUGACCAAGUAUGCCGACAAACCCACCAGCACCUAUAGCGGAGGCAACAAGAGGAAGCUGUCUACAGCCAUUGCGCUGAUCGGAUACCCGGCCUUCAUCUUCCUGGAUGAGCCCACCACAGGGAUGGACCCCAAGGCACGGCGCUUCCUCUGGAACCUCAUCCUGGACGUCAUCAAAACGGGUCGCUCCGUGGUGCUUACGUCCCACAGCAUGGAGGAGUGCGAGGCGCUCUGCACCCGCCUGGCCAUCAUGGUGAACGGGCGGCUCAAGUGUCUUGGCAGCAUCCAGCACCUGAAGAACCGGUUUGGUGACGGCUACAUGAUCACAGUGCGCACCAAGUCCAGCCUCAAUGUCAAGGAGGUGGUGAGGUUCUUCAACCGCAACUUCCCUGAGGCUGUCCUCAAGGAGCGGCACCACACCAAGGCCCAGUACCAGCUGAAGUCAGACCAGAUCUCACUGGCGCAGGUCUUCAGCAAGAUGGAGCAGGUGGUGGAUGUGCUGGGCAUUGAAGACUACUCCGUCAGCCAGACCACGCUGGACAACGUGUUUGUGAAUUUUGCCAAGAAGCAAAGCGACAACCUCGAGCAGCAGGAGACGAGCCCCAGCUGCGUCCUGCAGUCGCCCCUGGAGCGUGUGCUGAGCUUGCUGCGUCCCCGGGCUGCCCCCACAGAGCUGCGGGCCCUUGUGGUGGAGGAGCAGGAGGACCUGGAGACUGACGACGAAGGCCUCAUCAGCUUCGAAGAGGAGAGGGCUCAGCUCUCGUUCAAUACGGACACACUGUGCUGAGACCCCCCGGGGCAGCCACAUCCCCCGGUUGUGAAGCCACCUAACCAUUUUGGCCUCUCCCCUCCCUUCACCCCGUCAAGCAGAGCUGCCACGGCUGGAGGCGUGUGCCAGGGAGGACAUGGUGGGUACUGCACUGGCCUGGACGGACCUCACAAGCCACUGCCCGCUGCGUGGCCUUUGUCCCCUUCAGCUCCAAGGGCAGUGUCACUGCGUGGUGCCCAGGGCCACCGUCCUCGUCUGGCUCGCCCAGCCAGUACAUGCCACGGUUGGAGACUGUGAAGAGAAGGACAGGGCUUGGUGCCAGUGCUGCUGGCCCCAGGUGCCUUGUGAGCGAUGCCUUUGGUUGGACACCUGUGUUGCACUCACCCUGGGGACCUUUGGUUGCAGGGACACCCCCCCACCACCAGCACUGGCACCACCCCAGGCCUGGCCCUGGCAGGGCAGGAGGGACAGCUGCUUUUGCCUUGCUUCCAUCACCGCUGGCUUGAGCCUUGCCCUUAGCACUGUGGGGAGCUCGGGGUCCAGCGCCAUGCAGGGAGGAGCUCUGGUGCUUCAGCCGCAGUUGGUUUCUGUCACCAGCGGGAUGUCGCCGGAGACCUCCACCCUGUCCCAGAUGGGGGUCUCAGCCCCGUGACUGCGUCCUGCCCACCCGCACUGCUGCCAGCCAAGGGGUCCAGAAACGCCGGCCUUGCCAUGCGUGUGCCGGGCACUUGGUACCAUCCCCAGGGCCGGGCACUCCUGCAGAGGGGCACGCGGUGGGGCAGAGGGGUAUUUCACAGGGUAUUUCACAUGCUGGCACCAGCUGUUUCUCCCCUCUGCCUCCAACCACGUCCCUCCUCCCGGAGCCCCUCACCCUGCCUCCUGCCUGCCCUCACCGGCUGCUUUCCCCACCACAGGGCGUUGCUGCGGUUGUGCCGCCUUCCUGCUGUGUCCCCCUCCUUAUCCCCCCUUGCCCUGGCACUCAUCGCUCAGUGUCUGGCCCUGUACAGGAGCCACCUGCGCUGGUUUCUUAUUGUUGAGCCAGUGGUGAUACUGGAAGUGGGGUUACUGUACCCCCAGGAUGGCUUUUAAAGCUGGCAGUGGGGUGGCCCUGAGGUGCGAGGGCAAGACAGCUUGGCAGGGGAGGGGAGGAUGGACUGCGGCAGAGGGGCUGGCGGUGCCACCGGGGCUGGCAGCGUCACCGGGGCCAGCAGCAGGCACCCCUCCCUUCUGCAGAGGAUCCUGCUGCCUUGUCACCCACAGGGGCUGUGCCCAGCACCCACAGCCCAGCAGCACCCCCCAGCCCACCCCUCUCCAGCGACCCGUGGCCGUGCCCAGAGGUGGGGCGAUGGCAGGGCCUGUGACACCGAUCCUGACUGCCCACCCCGUGGUUGGCCCCAGGCUUUCGCAGCCCCCCGUGCUGUGCACAGCCCCCCCCCCUCCUUCCCAGCGAGCACCCAAGGCUGCGCUGGCUCUCUGUGUCCCCACUGCCCUUUCUGCCGCCCUGGCACGGACUCAGCUGGAGGCCCUGGGCCAGCUCCUGCCCACUGGCAAGCGAGCAGCACUGGGCACGCCAGCUCGCUGUCGUGGGGCAACACACUGCACGGGGAGGUGGAUCGGGGCCAGCCCUGGCCCCACUCGGGCACGGGAGCAGGGGCAGACCCAGGUGGCAGCUGACAUUCCGCUGUCCCCACGCCCUCCGGCCUCGCCAGUCCUGUAUGCCACCUGCUAUAGAUUGUGAUACAAUAUACAGUAUUUUCAAUAGGGGAAAAAUUUGGGGAAGAUAAGCUCUAUUUUCAGAUUUUUUCAGACCAUAUUUUUUUUAAUGGCAUACCGAAAACUGGUUGGUUCUGGAGUGGGGUGGAUGGCACGGGUGGGCAGCCCCCGCCUGGGGUGCUCCCUGCUCCCUUGCUGGGCACGCUCUCCCUUCCUGGGAGAGCACUGCGGGGGACAAGCCAGCUCAGGGUUAGCCCUUUGCCACCAGGGAGAGAGGGGGUGAUGUCAGCUUUGGGUCCCCAGCCGUGACCUCGGUGGUGGCACCCUCAGGCCCCCCCAGGGUGGGCAUGGCACCCUGCUCUGUGCGCUGGCCUGGCCUUUGUCCUUGCCCUGUGCCUGCCCUGCUGCUCAGGGCUCCAGGAUGGUGCUGGCACCCUGGGCACAAAUCUCGCCCCACCAGCCCUCCCAUCUGCUGCCAGGCCACCGUCCCUGUGCCCCAUGGCUUUUGAUGGUCGAUAGAGAUGUUUUUAUGCCCCUGGCAUGGCCUGCCCAUGCAGUCUGAGUGGCUGCAGUGCCCUCCCUGCCCUGGGCCCGGGGCUGCCCAGGCACAAACCCCAGCUGGGGGGUACCCCAAGGGUGGCAGCGGGGUGGGAGCAGGAGGGCAUCGCCCCAGGGCAGGGGUGGCUGCUGCCUUAACACUAUUUUGCUUUGUUGAGUUUGGCCCCGCUUCCCGCCUCACCUCCCUCUGCACGUCCUUGGCCACCAGCCGUGGGCACAGCACCAGGGCCAUGCCCGGCCCCGGGCACAGGGCACCCCUAGGGCUGGGGACGCCUUGGAGGAGCCUGUACAUUGCAAGCAAAAGAAACAAAGAUGAAAUGUGAAAAUAAUGAUUGUUUUAAAUAAAAAAUAAUAACUGGA